CAUGACACAGAAGACUAAUAGCACCAGUGGACUGAAGAAGCUAUUGUUAUUUAACCAGAACCAGAACCAGACCCAGACCAAAGGGAGGCCAUCAAACAUCAUGAAACAAGAGCCUGUUGUUCGGAACAGCAGGAGGAAUAAACAGGACCCAGUCCCCAUUGGCAAAGUCGCCAAAACGGGACGAUCACAUAUCAUUCCAGGCCGUAAAAACAACAGUGAACCGACGGACCUGAAGCCACCUGAAUAUGUAGGAGUAGCCAAGUACACAGAUGAGGUGAGGGGGUCAAAGUCCCUCACUGUGGAGAGGAUACCAGAAGACCAUCCGAUACCACUAAAGCCUAAAAGCAACAGUGGAGUUGUUUAUCCAGCUCAAGAUUGCUCUGAUUUCACUACAACGGAACCAAGAAAAUAUGGCAUUUUCACGGUGAGGCCUGACCUGAGGAACAGCUCCUUCUCUGUGCUCUGUGAGAUGGAGGCUAAUGGUGGGGGCUGGACUUUACUUCAGCGGCGGUAUGAUGGGAGUAUUAGUUUCAACCGAUCUUGGAAUGAAUACAAAAGGGGCUUUGGACACUUGGACGGUGAAUUUUGGCUUGGAAAUGACAAGAUUCACCUGCUUACUCAAGCUCAAGAGAUGGUUCUACAUAUUCAGCUGGAAGACAUUGAAGGACUUAAAGCAUAUGCAACCUAUGAGCGUUUUUCAGUGGCUAGCGAACUUGAGCACUAUCGACUGACUGUAGAUCGCUACUCUGGUACAGCAGGAGAUGCUCUUAAUUUCAGCCAAACAUUUAACCAUGACCAGAAGUCCUUCUCCACUCCCGACAGAGACAAUGACCUCUACCCAUCUGGAAACUGUGGCGCCUACUAUAGCUCUGGCUGGUGGUUUGACUCUUGUAUGUCAGCAAAUUUAAAUGGGAAAUACUACAAAACACGGUAUAAGGGAGUUCGCAAUGGUAUCUUUUGGGGUACAUGGCCCAACAUCUCCAGAGAGCAUUAUCCAACUAAUUACAGACAUGCAUUCAAAACUGUGUCAAUGAUGAUAAGACCUAAAAGUUAUAAACCAUAGGUAUUCAGAAUUCUGUAAAGUCAGAUAUGUAAUAUACAGAGGACUUAGUAUGUGAAGGAUGCGGUACCGCUGUCUUUGUCUUUACAGCUUGUGACAAACUUCUGACUUGUGGCAUGUCUCUAUAAUUUACUGGAUUGUUAGUGCAGGAUUUAUGUAAAAUAUCUAUGUCUAACAAUGCCAAAUCAGUGAGCAAAUAUUUAUAGCUACAUUAGUCAAGGUCUGCACUAAAUAGGGUUUCACUUGUUCUUCAGAACUCAAACCGAAACUUUUUUCUUGAAUGAAUAUUUACUCGUAAAAUAAGCACUUCUAAGCAUAAAUAGUAUUAAAAUAACAUUUUACUAAGCGUUAAGAUUUGUAAUAUGAUCUACAGAGAUGAAUGUUCAGUUGUCUGACAUUGGAGAUGUUUCAAGGUGACCGAGACUAGUACAUGGUUGUUUGUUCCUUGGUAGAGGGAAUAUAGAACCUGUGCAAAUGUAAAUAAAAAUCUGACUUACAGGAAUAAAUGCACCUGCAUAGGACCAGCACAACUGUAAAACAAACCUGGCUGAUGCACAUUAACUUUGUUGGGAAUCAGGACCAAUAAAAAGGUCUUUGUCUCUUAAAGGAGUUACACUGGACUGGACUACUUCAAAACAUACAGAA